UGCAUGGGUGAAUCAAUACCAGGUGAAGUGGUGGAUCAGUUGAAGAAAUUCAACGAGACGCUGUCGGUCGUUGAAGAUGCCUUACAGGGCCAGUUGAAUGCUACAGCGCAAGCUUAUGCACAGAUGCGUUUGUUGGACAGAGCACGUGUGGAUCUGAUGUCACUGUUCACGAUUAAUUCGCUUUACUGGAUAUUGCUCUGUAUACGUGGAAAGAAUCCGAAAGAAAACGAAUCACUUAAUCACGAAUUGACUCGCACAAAACAAUGUAUGGAUCGAUUGAAGGAAAUUGAAGCACGUCCGUAUGCACCGAAACUGAAUCGACGUGCUGCGGCCAGUUUCGUUCGUAAUGCUCUCUGGGAACCGCCUCAACAAACUAACGAGGCACGAAUCGUUAUUCACUAUCAGUAUUUUUGGUUGAAAUUUAGAUUUUGA